GCGGUUUGACUGGACUGAGGCUGCGGAGGCUGCUCGGAGCCGGCCGGGCCACCGCCCUUCCCCCGCCCGCGAGCUUUAUACAUGUUUGAAUAAAACAGGAGUGCAAAAUGAGCUGGGCUUUGGAAGAAUGGAAGGAAGGCCUGCCCACAAGGGCGCUGCAGAAAAUUCAAGAGCUCGAAGGACAGCUGGACAAGCUGAAGAAAGAAAGGCAGCAGAGGCAGUUUCAGCUCGAGACCCUGGAAGCUGCGCUGCAGAAGCAGAAGCAAAAGGUGGAGAAUGAGAAAACCGAGGGGAUAAACCUGAAGAGGGAGAACCAAAGCUUGAUGGAGAUAUGUGAGAAUCUGGAGAAGACGAAGCAGAAGAUUGCUCAUGACCUUCAGGUCAAGGAAUCCCAAGUGAAUUUCCAGGGAGGACAACUGAACUCGAGCAAAAAACAAAUAGAGAAACUGGAGCAAGAGCUGAAGAGGUGUAAAUCUGAACUUGAAAGAAGCCAACAGGCUGUCCACUCUGCAGAUAUCUCGCUGAAUCCUUGCAGUACACCCCAAAAAAUGUUUGCAACCUCACUAACGCCAAGUCACUAUUAUAGUGGUUCCAAAUAUGAAGAUCUGAAAGAAAAAUAUGACAAAGAAGUGGAAGAACGAAAAAAACUAGAGGCAGAAGUGAAAGUCUUGCAGGCUAAAAGAGCAAGCCAGCCUCUCCUCCAAAGCACCAUGAAUCACCGCGACAUCGCUAGACACCAGGCGUCCUCAUCCGUGUUCUCCUGGCAGCAGGAAGCUACCCCCAGCCGCCUCUCCUCCAGUGCCCUGAAAACGCCCAGCGGGAGAGAAUUCUCUGCAUCUCACUUUUCUGCGGAGUGCGAGGGGACUCCGAGCAGAUGGACUUUGCAAACAGGGAAGAGAGAUACUAAUAGUGGUUUCUGUGAGAAUUCCAGCAAUUCUCAACUUUUGGAUCAAUUAAAGGCCCAGAAUCAAGAGUUAUGGAGCAAGAUUCAAGAGUUGGAGCUACGUCUACAAGGACAAGAAAAAGAGCUCAAAGGCCAAGGGAAUAAAUUCCAAGAACUCCACCUCCAACUGGAGAAAGCGAAAGUUCAAUUAACUGAAAAAGAGAAAGUUUUGAAUAAAAAUAGGGAUGAACUAGUGAGAACCACGGCCCAGUAUGACCAGGCCUUCAGCAAGUGCACUGCCUUGGAGCAGAAGCUGAAAAAGCUGACUGAAGAUUUGAGUUGUCAGCGACAGAAUGCAGAGAGUGCCCGCUGCUCCCUGGAACAGAGAAGCAAGGAGAAAGAGAAGGAGUUUCAGGAGGAGCUCUUCCGGCAGCAACGGGCCUUGCAGUCGCUGGAGCAGGAGGGCACCCAGGUGAAGGCCAGACUGACACAGGAGCUGCAGCAAGCCAGGAGUGCCCAUGAUGCCCUGCAGGCCGACCUGGACCGAGUCACAGCAAUAAAACACCAGCUCGAAAAAAGCUUGGAGGAGUUCAAGCACAAGUUCUGCAGAACCGAACAGGCUUUGCAGGCGAGUCAGACCCGGGAAGAUGCACUGAAGAGGAGCAUGGAGGAGCUGAAGAAGGAGAGUGGCCUGGUGCGGGGCCAGUUGGAGCAGCGGACCCGGGAGGUGGGCAGCCUGGCGGAAGAGCUGCGGGCGGCCCAGGAGGCCCUGAGCCAGAGCCAGCGUUUGGCCAAAGAAACGAGAGCUAAGAAUAUGUCUCAGGAAGCCAUGCUAAGAGAUCUUCAAGAAAAGAUAAGUCAGCAAGAGAAUUCCUUGACGCUGGAGAAGCUGAAGCUCACCGUGGCUGAUCUGGAGAAGCAGCGGGAUUGCUCCCAGGACCUUCUCAAGAAGAGGGAGCAUCACAUCGAACAGCUGAAUGAGAAGUUAAGUAGGACUGAGCAUGAGUCCCAGACUAUCCUGAGCAUGCUGGAGUUAAAACACAAAGAGUGCGAGCAACUGAGACAGGAGAAGACUCAAUUUUCUUGCUGGAAAAGUGAAAAUGAACAGCGUCUACAUCAGAUGGAGUCAGAACGGGAAAGCCUGCAGGGCCAGAUCAGCCACUUGGAGACUUGCCUGAAGACACAGCAAGCAAAGAGCGAGGAGUGCAGUGAGCGCCUUGCCGCACUGGAGCUGGAGAGAGGGCAGCUGGGUGCCGAGGUCGGGCUACUCCAGACGGCACUGGACAGCAAGGCAGCUGAGAUGGGUGUGCAGCAGCAAGCCUGUGCGGCGCUCCAGCAGCAGGCCGAGUCCUCAGAUCAGAAACACCGCAAGGAAAUGGAGAAUAUGUGCUGGAAGGUGGCUCAGCUGACAGGGCAGGUGGAAGACCUAGAGCACCAGCUUCAGGUGCUGUCAGCUGAGAUCGUGGACAGAGACCAGCGCUACAGCAACCUGAGUGCCGAGUGUGAGAGCCUCCGGGGCCGGGUACACUCCAGGGACUCCCCACGGGACGCAAAUGCAGCCUGUGACAGAAGUCUUCUGGCUUUCGAACAGCAAGCUGCCAGGGAUAAUUCCUUUGCAAACAUCAUUGGAGAACAGGAAAGCCUGCCUUCUGAGAGGAGUGGUGCAGCCCAAAGCCCCCCAAAUUCAGCCAUCUUGCAAAAUAAAGUCAUUGCACUGGAAGGUUCUCUUGAGUCCCAGAAGCAGAUGAACUCAGAUCUGCAAAAGCAGUGUGAAGAGCUGGUGCAAAUGAGAGAAAAAAUAGAAGAAAAUCUCAUAAAGGCGGAGCAGAUGCAUCAGGAUUUUGUGGCCGAGACAAGUCAGCGCAUCAGUAAGCUGCAAGAAGAUGCUUCUGCCCAUAAGAAUGUCAUGGCUGAGACUUUGGGCACCCUCAAGGACAAGGAAAAAGAGAUGCAACUGCUGACCGAGCAAUUCAAGGCUCAGAAAGCAGAGACUCAAGAAAUUAGAGGGAGGAACCAUUUACUGGAAGACUCUCUCAAGGAGCUGCAAGUUCUGUCAGAAACUCUGAGCUUGGAGAAAAAGGAAAUGAACUCAGUCAUUUCUCUCCAUAAAAAGGAAAUCCACGAGCUGACCCAGGAGAAUGGGAGGCUUAAGGAAGUGAACGUGAGCUUAAGUCAGGAGAAGAUGGACUUACUCCGGAAAAGUGAGAGUUUUUCACUCUGCAUAGAUGAAAAGGAGAAGAGAAUUUCAGAGUUAUCCAGCCAGUACAAGCAAGAAAGGCUGACUUUAUUACAAAGAUGCGAGGAAACAGGAAGUGCCUUUGAGGAGCUCAGCGAAAAAUACAAAGCAGGACAAGAAAAGAGCUCCCAGCUAGAACGCUUGCUCAGUGAAUGCACCAGUGUCUGUGAAAAUAGAAAGAUGGAGUUGGAGCAGCUCAAGGAAACGUUUGCAAGGGAGCACCAGGCAUGUGUGGCAAAACUAGCGCUAGCAGAAGAGAGAAACCAGUGCUUGGAGCUGGAGCUGGAGGCCGUGCGGCCUGGGGUGGCCAACUUCCUGAGCCAUUCCCAGAGCGAGGCUGAUGCCUUCAAGCAGGAAAUCCUGACGUUAAAGGAAGAGCAGAGUGAGAUGCAAAAGGAAGUCCGGGCCUUAUCUCGAGAAAAAGUGCACUUGCGGGAGUUAGCGCAGAUACAGCGUGAGUACCAUACCCUGGAGCCGUGCCCCCCCAUGACCAGUGAGUGUGGUGACGCUCUCCUGCAGGCAGACCUGGGAGUGAAAGGCUCUUCUCGAGACAGUUACGGUGCCCAGCUGAGGCAGUUAGAAGCUCAGAUAAGGAAUCUGGAGUUGAGGCUUCAGGAGAGUGAGCUGGAGAAGGAGCGCCUGAGGCAGGAGACACAGGCCUGGGCAGGAUCGGAGGCCAGGGCUUUGGCACAGGAUGCUCAGCCACCAGAAGCCAGUGGCCUUCCAGACUGUGACAUGAACACAGGAGGAACAUGCACCUCGGCUCAUGGCGAGUGGCUGGCAGGUAGGGACUGCAGCACGCACCUGCACGACGCCCUGCAGGCGGCCCUGAGCAAGCUGGCAGAGCUGGAGACGGUGUGCGGCUCCCUGCGGGUGGAGAAGCUGCAACUCCUGUCCGAGCUUGAUGUGUCCAGGUCAGAAUGUGUGGCAGCAACAAGUAAGAUGGCAGCAGAGGUAGAGAAGCUGGUCAGCGAAGUGAGGACACUAAACCAUGAAAGUAGCCUCCUCCACGGUGAACUGGUGACAGAACUGCGAGAAGCCACGUUUGGGGCCAAGCAGGAAUCUGCGUCCCUGGGUCCUCUGGAUGACAGCAGUUUUGGCGAAUGCUUGACGUCAUCAAGCCAGGCAGUGCAAGCGCACUUCGCUGAGCUGCAGGCACGGUUCUCCUCACUGCAGAGCGAACACAGGGCUUUGCACGAUCAGCACUGCCAGGUGAGCUCCAAGAUGGCAGCACUCCAGGCCUACGUGGACGAGUUGAAGGCAGAAAAUUCGGCCUUGUGCGUGGACCUGAGAGACGCCCAGGGCGACUUGGUGAAGGAGGUGACGCCCAGGCCCGGGGAGGGGCUCCUUCUGUCGUCGUCUUUUUCCAGUGUGUGUGACAGCCCUCGUCCGGUAGGCGUGGAAGGAUUUUUUUACAAAGAUCUUGUAGAACUGACAGAAGAAACAUCCCUUUUGAGCCACUCAGAUGGGGACGCCUUGAGCAGCAGCCUGGGGGAGGAGGCUCUGGCCCCGGGGGACCCCCCACUUCACCCAGGGGGCCGUGUGGAGGAGCUGGAGACCCUCUGUCAGGCGCACCUGCAUUCCCUCAGGCAGCUGGAAGAGAAAAUGGAGAGUCAAGGCCUGCUGAGAAACAAGGAAAUCCAGGAGCUCCAGCAUUUGUUGGGCUCCGAGAGGAAUGCGCUGGAGGGGCUCCGGAGGGAGUACCUGUCAGAGAAGGAGCAGUGGCAGCAGCAGCUGGCCAGCGUGAUGGCGGAGAUGGAGUCCAAGCUGGCGGCAGAGAAGAAGCAGACGGAGCACCUGUCCCUGGAGCUCGAGGCGGCACGCCUGCAGCUGCAAGGCCUGGACCUGAGCUCACGGUCGCUGCUUGGCACCGACCUAGUGGACGCUGCUCGGGGAAGUGAGGGCUGUGAACGCGUGACCACUUCAGAAAGCAGCAGGGGAGCACCCAAGCACGUCACCCACGGCACCUGUGAGGACCAGCAAGACCGUCCAGAGUUGGAGGGAGGAACCCUGCCCGGGGCCCUCAGGCUGCCAGAAGAUAGCCCUGGAGGGCGCCCAGCGGAAGGCAGGGCCCCAAGCCCCCCAGCAGGUGGUCCUGAGCCGUCGCCAUCCGGCCCCAGCACCCUGGAUCUUGUUGACUUUCUGGGGGGUCAGGUGACCACUGAGAAUCUCCAAGUGCAGGUCCAGGAGAUGUCCAAUGAGAAUGUGCGUUUACUGCAUGCCAUAGAGGAACGUGACCAAAGAGUUGAAGGUUUGCUAGGCAAGAUGAAAGAGUUAGACUCAAAACUCAAGCAGCAGGAAGCACAGCUAGCUGACAAGAUUGCAGCAUGCCUGAAACUGGAGCAAAUAGUGGAGCAACUUAAGAAAGAAAAAUCAGAGUUAAGUGAAAAAUUGGAACCCCCUGCUUUCAAUAACCAGGAGUCACACCAGGGGGUAGGGGAUUGGGAAGGCCUGGGCUGCAGACCCGGGGCGGGCACAGAGCAGCAGUCGCAGGAAGUCUCGGGAGAGAGCGCGGUCCCAGAGAAUGCCGGAUGGAGGGAGCGAUUCCUUGCUGUGGAAAAGGAACUGGAGAGGAUGAGCUCCCAGCACGCAGGCCUGGAGCGCCAGGCUCUCUCCCUGGGGGCGGACUUGGAGAGAGUCCAGAUGGAGAAGUUGUCGCUGGAAGAGGACAAUGCAAACAAGCGGAAAGUCAUUGCCUGCCUUGAGCAAGAGCUCUCCGUGGUCACCCGUAAGAGAAACCAGCCUCGCAGAGAGGUUGGUGUUCUGUCGAAGGAGAGUGAAGACCUGGAUCUGACUUCUGUGGAGACGGAGGACUCUGCUCCAGGGGCGCCUGGGCCUCACCCCGACAUGGCCCAGGGCCCGUCACCGCCCCGCCAGAUGCAGUCCUCGGAGGUGGCUGAGCUGUCCAGGGAGAAGGCUCACCUGCAGGAGUGGUUGCGGAGUCCGGACAGGGACGCCCAGGCGCUGUCUACCGGGCAGAGGGAGCUGGAAGGCCGGCUGGAACAGCUGGCCCGAGAGAGGGAGUGGCUGGUGGGGGAGUCUGAGCGCCUGCAGGCGCAGCUGAUCCAGUCAGAUGAUGAGAAGCUGCGCGUCUCCCGGGCCCUGGAGGCUGCACUGCUGGAGAAGGUGGAGGUGGCCGGGAGGCUGAGCUCCACACAGGGGGAGGUGCGGCAGCUGAGGCGUGGCAUCGAGGCGCUGCAGGUCCGCAUAGAGGCUGACCAGCAGAAGCAGAGCCGCGUCUCAGAGCAGCUACGCGACAGUGAGCGCAGGGCUGAUGCCCUGCAGGACCGCGUGGAGCGCCUGGAGCAGGAGCUGCAGGUGGCCGAGGAGAGCCAGGAGCUGGUGAUCAUGGAGGCCGAGAACGCCAAGGCUGAGGUGGAGACCCUGAAAACACAAGUGGAAGAGAUGGCUGGGCACCUGCAGGGUGUGCAGUCAGACCUGGCUGCUCUGCGGUCCGACAGAGAAAAUCUGGUGGAGCAGCUGCAAGAAGAGCGAGGCCACGUGUCUGAGUCAGAUGCGGCCCUCUCUUCGCUGAAGCGCCUCCUGGAGGAAAAGGAGCAAGAAAGCGCACAAAUGGCAGAGGAAUCCAGAGCAGCUGCGGAUACACUGUGCAAGCAGCUGAUGGAGCUGCAGGCAGAGGUGGCGGCCUUGUGUAGUGACCAGGAGACCCCCAGGGCCGGAGGGCAGAACAUGUCCUCCCCAGAAGCCCACCCGCUGAGAGCCGGCAUCCAGCAGCUGAAAGACCAGCUGCAAGCAGAUGCGAAGCGGCAGCUCCAGGUCCUAGGACAGCUGAAGGAGAGUGAGCACCAGGCAGAUUGGCUGCGGGGUCAAGUUGCCGACCUGCAAGAAGAGCUCGAGGCAGCUGGCCAGAAGCAUGAGCAGGCGGCCCGUGAAGCUGAGACCCUCAGAGCCAAGCUGGAGGAGAUGGCUCUUGGCCUCCGUGUGCUAGAGUUAGAGCUUGUCAAUAGGAAGGCAGAAAAAGAAGACCUGAGCAAAGAGCUACAGGAGGAGCACAGACGAGUCUCUGAGUUAGAAGCGCUGAAUGCUUCAUUGGAAAAUCUGUUACAAGAAAAAGAGCAAGAAAAAGAGCAAAUGAAAGAAGAAUCUCAAACAGCAGUGGACAUGCUCCAGGCUCAGUUGAAAGAGCAAAAGGAGAAAGUGGCAGCCUCGUGCCAUGAGCUGGAGGCGCAGAGGGCCAGAGAGCAGGAGUUGAGCCUCUGCGUGGAAGCGCUCAAACUUGAGAAGACACAGCUGCGGCGAGGCCUGCAGGAGGCUGAGUGUGGUCGCGUGGCUUUGCAGUCCUCUGUGAAUGGCCUGCUUGAGGAGGUUGGAGACGGCAAACAAAGACUGGAGAAGAAGGAGGAAGAAAUCAGGCUGCUCAACACCCAAAUCCAAGACCGCGAGCAGCUGGUCUCUAAACUGUCGCAGGUGGCAGCAGAGCAGCGGCGCUGGCAGGAGCUGGAGCUGCAGCUGGGCACUCGGACGGAGGAGCUGGAGCAGCGGACUCAGGCGCUCCAAUCCCACAACGACACUUUACAGGACACCUUAGAAGCGCUGAGGAUGUCUCACCAGGACCUGGAGCGAGAGCUGGAAUCAGCCAAAGUGGAAAAUGUGUCCUUGGUGGAAAAGGUGGACGCCCUGGUGCUGAGGGAGAUGGAGCUGCAGAGGGAAGUGCAGGAGCUGGCACAGAGAACGACGGCCUUGAAGGAAGAAUUUAGUGGGGAGAAAAGCAGGCUCACGGAAGAAUUGAAACUGAAGUCAGAAGAGAUAAAGAACAGUGAUGGUCAGCUGCAGCAGCUCUUGCAAGAAAAUAGUGAAUUGAAGAAGUGUUUAGAUUCUGAGCACAAGAUGCAGCUUGAGAAGGAAGGGAGAGAGAGAGAAGAGGUGGCUGCCCUUGAGCGACGGCUGUGCGAGGCCGAGCAGACGCACCAGGCCCUGCUGGAUGCCCGCAAGCAGUCUGAAAUGGAAAUCCAGGCUUACCGAGAGAAAUUGGCUUCUAACGAAGAACGUCUCAGCUCCCAGCAGGUAGAACUGGGCCUCUUGAAGUCCAGCAAGGAGGAGCUCAGCUGCUCCCUGGCAGCCACCACCCAGCUUUUGGAAAAACUGGAGAGAGGCAAGAUGGACAAUCUAAAAUAUGCAAAUCAGCUGAAGAAGGAGAACGAACGUGCUCAGGGAAAGAUCAAGUUGUUGAUCAAAUCCUGUAAACAGCUGGAGCAGGAGAAGGAAGCACUGCAGAAGGAGCUGGCUCAGUGCAGCACUGCGGAGGAGAGCCAGGGGGCAGGUGCUACUGCGGAUGCAAGUGCGGAGGAGUUAGCGGCUGAGAUGAAGGAACUGAAGGAAACCCUGGAAGCCAAGAGCAAGGAGGCCGAUGAGUACCUGGACAAGUACUGCGCCCUGCUCAUCAGCCAUGAGAAGCUGGAGACGGCCAAGGAGAUGCUGGAGACCCAGCUUAACCUCCUGCGGGCUCAGCCGGUCCGAUGCCAUCCCCACAGUCCGUUGCCUGACUCGGCAGUUCUAGAACCAUCUCCUUCCCCUCCUGCUUGGAAGAAGGAGUUAUCCUUUGACCCAAAUAAAGCUUCCGGUAAGAGGCAAAGGCUCAGUGGGAUUCAGGAGAGUGGAGGGGCCACAAUGCCUUCUACGCCGGAGACGUUUUCCAAGAAAAGCCGGAGAGCCGUUCACAGCAGCCCUCACCCCACGGAGGACAUGUUUGAGCCUGAGGGGCUUCCGGAGGUUGUGAAGAAAGGGUUUGCUAAUAUCCCAACUGGAAAGACGAGCCCCUACGUCCUUCGGAGAACCACCCUGGCCACCAGGAGCAGCCCUCGCCUAGCUGCCCAGAAGUUACCCUCACCCCGCCUCAGUCUCAACAAAGAGAAUCAGGCGGAGCCCAACAAACCUGCAGCUGCGGGCAGCAGAUCACAGAAGGUCAAGGUGGCAGAGGGAAACCCAGUGGAGCCAGGUGCUGCCCUGAGGGGUUCAGCCAACAGUCUCCUGGGGGGCCUGAUGACCGAGCGAGACUGGCCAGCCCCCCACCCAGAAGUGGGACCCGAGGCCCCAAGCGGCGAGAACUGCAGGGUCCAGUAGGACAGAGACCCAAGGUGGGCAGAGGUGGCCCCGGACAGCCUUCACCUGGCCUAGAAGGCAGCGGCUCUUCAGACGUGGACUUGCUUCUUCUUCAGCUGCCCCAACUGGAUGGAAGCGCUGGCGUUUGCAAGCCCUGCUUACAGCCUCAUGGGUUCUCCUCACCACAUGUGAAUAGCCCCAUCUCUGCAUUGCUGAGGCUGCACUGUCACAGCUUCUAUUGUGUGUGGAUUUUGCACAAAGAUAAAAAUGUGAAGCCCAUUUUACACUUCAGUGAACAGCUCCCUGAGAAUACAGGUUUGCUCGACGAUCCUCCUACAGCUGUGUUGGCUGUAAACUAACUUUAUGUCAAGUAUUUCUUCGCGUUGCGUAAAGUGGAGGAAACCAUGGGUGGUGGGGAGACGUGUGGUUCUGCCUGUCCUGGUGUGGGUUCUGCCCCCAUGACCGCAUUUGUGCGUGUGGGGUGGUGGUUCCUUUGGCCGUGGCAGGCUCCCCGAAGGGUCGAUGUCAGCUAUUCUGUCUCGUGCUGUUUCUCUUUAAGUCCCACUUGUACUUUUCUGUGUUUCUCACAUGUGGUGCUCUUGUACUGACUAAAAUGUGGCGUUUUUUUCUAAUUAAAAAAAAAACAACAAAAAACACCUUUGCUUUCUGUAGGAAGGAUUCCUUAAUAUAAAUGCUUUGUCAACACCGAUGCCAUUUCUCCCUAACAGCUCCUUAUACAAGUAGGGAUUCUAACAACUGAGGCUGGGAUAGUAAUCACCUAGUGAGCACGUUCGCUGUAGUAAGAGGUCCAAUUUAGAAUGUGAGUGUAAAGGUUCUGUGGGAAUAUUGCCAGCCAGCCCGGGCCAUGAUCAUUGUACCAGCAGGGAUAGGUGGUGGUGGAAUUUUCCAGCUCCUUGGGAGACGGCGGGUUUGAAGCUAUGUCGACAUAAUGAGCCCUGUCAGGUUCCGAGACUUUGGAACAGGUCUGUGUCCUGUCCUUGCUCGGGGUACAAACUUUCUAGGACGUGCGCCACUAACCGAGAAUUUGCUGUGGCUUUCAUCUUGGCUCCAUGUGUCAGCCUUGCCAUGUUCUAUCACUUACAUUUUAAAUAUAAGUGAGGCAAGGCAGUCUCUGUCUUUGGAUCACACCUCAAUAAUAUUCAGCUGCUUAGAAUUCCUGGGCUGAAAGUGAUAUCCUGGCCCCAUGUCUUUAGUUGCAUGGGGUUAGUUUGGAGCAGUCUCAUCGCGAGUCAUCCUGAGGCCACCAUGUGCUCCUGGGUGCUUAACCCCUGCGCCAGCAGGGAGGCCCAAGCCAUGAUUCUUUAAAGUCAUAGGUCACUAGCGCGCGAGUUGGCCUGCUGCUUGGUUUAUAUUCCAUAUCUAUUUGUUUCUUUUGUGCUUGAGAAAAGGGCUUGGCUGAUUCCUUAGGAGGAUGGAAGUGCUGUGCUGGACGUGUCAGGAUGGGGGUUGCUGCUUUCCACUUCUGUCUCCCUGAGCGCCUUACCUUUAGCGGAAGGGACUUUCUAUUAGGUUUGCCGACUAGUGAUAACCCCGAAAGGACACAUGUUCUAGAACAACCCAGCGCCCUGCCUCAAACAGGCUAAGGACCCAGAGGCAGCACCCACCCCAUCAUUCUGGGUGGCAGGGCUCACUGGAGCAGACCUCGACUGCUCGCAGCCCAGGAAGCCACAGGCAUCCUGCAAACUGUUCACCUGUGUGAGGUGACCCUGGCACCUCCAUUGACAGGCUACCACUGAGCGAGAGGCACUGGGUGAACUGACUUGGGCCUGGGAGAUCUUGUCAGUGAUUGUAAAGACGGUAGGUGUCUCACCAAACCUGCCCCCUUAUCCUUGCUGACGGAAGGGGAGGUCGGGCCAGAGAGGUGAGGGUUUUAGCCUCAGCUUCGUGAAUACAGUGCCCUUUUCUUGCUUGUCCGGUGCUGGAGAAUAAUUCUGCUUGCACCCCCACCUUCUCUACAGUGGAGAUGUCCUUCCAUCAGGGAGGAAGGCAACUUGUUUGUGAAUGAAUAUCAGAUUUCUUGUUUUUGUUGAAUUUCAAAAAUAAGAAAGGAGCCUAGCUAUAAAUUUCAGUUUCUUAAAACUGGAACCACUCAAUGUAUCAAAAUUAUUUACUUAAAUGAAAGAAAAUCCUUUUAAGAUGUCUGUUGUGGGAAACCUUCGAAAAUCUGAAGGUGUGUCAAGCUUUGAAUAUACGUGUUCACUUUGCUAUGGGCUCCUUGGUGAAACUGGAACCAGCACUGCUAGCAGAUCUUGAAGUUAUGAUGAUUAAAUUAGUGACUAUUUAUAUUAUGACUUUGUACUGAGUAAAGUGUUGGUUAUUCUGUAGACAGGUCACCGCAGAUGAGUUUAAAAAAUACUGCUGUUUAAAACUAUAAAUCUUCGGGCCUCCCUGGUGGCGCAAGGGGUUAAGCACCACACUAUGAAGCAAUCCGCAGCCUCUGCAGCACGAGUUCGAUCUGCGGCCGGCCAGGGAGAAACCCACAUGGCGCAGCAGACCUCUCCUGACUCGCCCGCUGCUCCCCUCAGCAGUGUACUUCAAUCUGCCUGUUCUGCUCCCCACUUUGUCUCUGGUGAAUCCUCUCACCUCCCCGCCUCACCCCCUGCAUCUCUGGCCUGUACCCCAGCUCUUGUAUGCAUAAAUAAAU